UAUAAGCUAUGGGAACAAGUGUUGCCUUUUGUUCCUCGGCUCUUUGCUUCGCUGCUGCCUUCCUAGCCUCCUUCAUCCCAACUCCUUUGCCAGUAGCCCAACUUCAUGGCCCCUAAAAAACCAGAUCCCAAGAAGGAGGCUGCCAAACCUGCUCCAGCUCCAGCUCCAGCUCCAGCCCCAGCUCCUGAACCACCCAAAGAACCUGCUUUUGAUCCCAAGAGUGUGAAGAUUGAAUUCAGUGCUGACCAGAUUGAAGAAUUCAAAGAGGCCUUCAUGCUGUUUGACAGGACCCCAACUGGAGAGAUGAAGAUUACAUACAGUCAGUGUGGAGAUGUCAUGCGAGCCUUGGGACAGAACCCAACCAAUGCAGAGGUUUUGAAGGUGCUGGGGAAGCCAAAGCCAGAAGAAUUGAACACAAAGAUGCUGGAUUUCGAAACUUUCCUUCCAAUGUUGCAGCACAUUGCCCGGGCCAAGGACCAAGGAACCUUUGAGGACUUUGUGGAAGGCUUGCGUGUCUUUGACAAGGAAGGAAAUGGCACCGUAAUGGGGGCUGAAUUGCGCCAUGUACUUGCAACUUUAGGGGAGAAGAUGACAGAAGCUGAAGUAGAACAACUAAUGGCUGGGCAAGAAGAUGCCAAUGGCUGCAUCAAUUAUGAAGCUUUUGUCAAGCAUAUCAUGUCAGGUUGAAGAUGGAAGCCUUACAGUUCUUCAGACAGGAAAAUUCCAUCUGGCAAGAACUUGUUAUCUCAUAUCCCUUCCACCUUGUAUUAUCCAAGAGAUGCAUCUACCACAAGCCAUGUAAGAAGGAAGCUACAUUUUUGCAGUGUAACAGCCUCUGUAUAUAAAACAGUUCAUGUUUCUGCACCA